AUGUCUUACACAGCAACCGAGACCGCAACGCACACUCUUCCGUCCUUCCAUGUCCCGAAGCAAUGCAAGGCUGGAGUUGUUGUGAAUGAGGGACCUGACUUCCGCGUUGAGGUUCAAGAUGUCCCUGUCCCAACCCCGGGUCCUGAGGAUGUCCUGAUCAAGCUUAAUGCAACCGGACUCUGCAUGAGCGACAUCCAUUUCAUGAUGAAUGACUGGGCAUUACCACCAAUGUCUCAAUUUGGAACUCGAUGUGCAGGCCACGAAGGCGCUGGUGUGAUUGUUCAGGUGGGAGAGCGAGUGAAGCACUUGAAGGUUGGCCAGAGAGCUGGCUUCAAGCCCAUUGUCGAUGUUUGCCAUACUUGCGACGCCUGCAGAGGAGGAAAGGAGACUUAUUGCCAGGGUGUUAUUUUCACUGGAUUGAUGGCUGAUGGUUCAUACAAGGAGUACGUUGUCUCUCCUGAGAGGUACACUUCCUUGAUUCCAGAUGGAGUUUCAGACUAUGUUGCCGGUCCGAUUAUGUGUUCUGCGUCCACAGCUUACAGCUCGAUCAAAGAGUCAGGGUUGAGGCCCGGACAGUGGGCAGUGUUCCCUGGUGGAGGGGGAGGAGUCGGAAUUCAGGGAGUUCAGUUGGCUGUAGCCAUGGGAUUGAGAGUAGCUAUUGUUGACACCGGAGCUGAGAGGAAGGCUUUGGGUGAAAAGUACGGCGCUGAGCAUUUUGUUGACUUUAAAGAAACCAAAGACACAGCUGCAGAGGUCGUCAGGUUGACGAAUGGAGGAGCGCAUGCCGUUUUUGUCACGGCUGUCCAGUCGUACCCAGCAGCUCUGGGGUAUCUUGGUGGCCGGAUUGGGGGUCAAGUCAUGUGUAUCGGUCUUCCACCAGCCGGCAGAUUUAACCUUGAUGUUAAUCCUUCUGCUCUGGUAUUCAAAAAUCAGUCUGUGAAAGGAACUUUAGUUGCAGGAUUGGGUGAUGUUGAUGAGACCUUGGACUUUGCAAGGAGAGGACUCUUGAAGCUUGAGCCGACCGUUGUUGGACUCUCCCAAUUCAAUGAGUCUGUUCAGAAACUAAGGAAUGGCCAAGUUGCGGGUCGUAUUGUUGUUGAUUUCAACAGGCCAUAA